UGAUCAUCUGCUGUUUCCGGUGAGGCGAGGCAGAGACAGUCAGGCAGACAGACUUCUGCUCGGUUUGAUAAAAACCGAAACCUGGUUAAACAUCAUAAAAACCAAAGGAAACAACAAAGGGAGGAAGUUUUUACGGGAGGAAGAGGAUUUAUUAGAACUUCCGGUGAGGAACCGAGAGGAAAAACAAACCGCUUCGCCUCUUCAGGAUGUGAGAGAACUGCAGCAGAUAAACUUCUUCCUUCUCAGCCUCAAGAACAACAGACGAGACGCAGCGGACAAACAUGGCUCUGUUCUUCUCUGGAGCCGUCACAAGUUCCCCGAUAAAACGGCGGCUGCGUGGGAAUCACUCCUGCCACAGCCCGGACGUCUCCCUCCUGUCCCCCGACUCGUCGUACGUCUGCUACCCGUCUGCGCACGCCGGCGCCCCCUGCUGCUGCCGCCGCUCGCCGCGCCUCCUCACCAACGGUUACUAUGACGUCACAGAGGACAGCUUCUGCCUGGACGAGGACGGAAACGUGUCUCUGACCGACUGCAGGACCAGCGUGUCCUACAAGGAGAACCUGGUCAGAGUUUUCCGGCGCAGGCGGAAACCUCGCAGCGCUCUGGUUUCCCUGCUGAGCGGCGUUUCAGAGAGCUGCCAGUCAUGGCUGGACCAGAAGGUGUUCAGAGGCAUGCUGGGAACCGGAUUCAGACAGGACCCGGACCUGGACCUGGACCUGGACCUGGACCCGGACCUGGACUGGACCCGGGUCGGCCAGCAGGUGGCGUCUCCGUGUCGAUUGGACGAGUCUCUGUGGGCGGGGCUAAACGCCGAUCUGGACGACGGACGAAGCUUCACCUACGAUCCCACCGAAACCCCGCCUCCUCCAGACAAAGAAGCCCCGCCUCCUCCUGAUGAAUUAGCCCCGCCUCCUGGGAAGAUGCUGAUCCAGGAGGAAAUCUGCUCUGAGAUCAGUCAGUCCACGCAGCGCUUCACCCAAUCACUGAGCGGCCUCUCUGAAGUCCCGCCCCCUCCGGCCUUCUACAGCUGCUGCCAGGCGGCACCUGAACCUCCAGGGCUGACGAUGAAGGCUCUCCUCAUCCUCAUCUUCAGCAUCUUCAUCAUCAGCGUCCUCUACUCAGGAUCAAACCAGAUGAUGAAGACGUUUCUUCCUUCCUGCAGCUCCUGCUGGUGGAGCGCCAUGGUAACGGCGGCCAUGUUGGCGACGAUCUCAGCCGUGAUGUUCGUGACAAAGUCGGGUCCGAUGGGCGAGUGGCGGAGAGCGAAGACGGAGGACAUCACAUCCAGGAACGAGUAGGAACCAGAACAGAACCAGGACCUGAACAGAACCAGAACCAGAACCAGACAGGAUUCUGUAGAAACCUUCCUGCUGGUUUUUCCAUCAGUGUUUGAAUCCAGCUGGACAAAAAGGUGAAACUGGUUCUGAGCUCUGGAGGCUUUUAAAGCUAACCGGGUUUGAAUUCACAGAAAGAGAAACAAUCAUGGCUGACGAGAGAGAAAAGUCAUCAGGAAUCAAUAAUCAAUAAUCAAUAAUCUGACUUUUACCAGCAGAUAAAGAAUAAAAACUGCUGUUGGUUUUAAAAUGGCUGAAGGAGCUCAGAGUCACAGAGAGAACCGUUCGGUUAGCUUAGCAUCGCAGAGAGCUGCAAAGCUUCACAUCAUGUUUAAAAUAUACAGAAAAAAAUCAUCAACUGGGAAUUUCUGUGAAAGAAACCAAACAAAGUUUUAAUCAAGUUCAGGUUUUUAUUUUACACAAAAAUCACCUGGAAUCCUGGGCGUGUCGUGGUGGCGUAGCGGAUAGCGCGACCCGUAUUUGGAGGCCUUCAGUCCUCGACGCGGCCGUCGCUGGUCCAACUCCUGGACCCGACGGUAUUUGCCGCAUGUCUUCCCCGUUUCCUGUCAGCCUGCUGUUGUAUAAGGGCGACUAGAGCCACAAAGACCCCCUGGAGGGGUAAAAAAAAAAUCACCUGGAAUCCUGCAGAAGAUUUAAUAUUUGGUUUACAGCCGAGGAGUGAUGAUUUAUUAACAUUUAUUUAAAAAUAAAAAAAUAAAUAAACCACAACUUCAGGGGAGACGCAUGAGAGUAAUAAUAAUAAAACAUUGUUAUUAUAAAUUUAAAUCCAGUAAACCUAAAAUCCCGAAAAACAUAAAUUAAAAAUAUAAAUAUUAAAACAAAACCUGCUUCAAAAUUCUCAGAACUUAAAUUUCAGAUGAAUCUAUUUUGUUCAGAAAUUACGUUUAAAUCUGAGGUCAGGUCCUCACUGCUGGGCAAGGCUUUUAUUUUGAAAGGAUUCCCCUCUCUGUAUGGAGCCCCUGUAGUGCUUUUAAUUUAACAUCUCUGAGCUAAAAAAAGAUACACAAAUGAAUAAAUAAAGUUGACCACAUAAUAAGCUAUAAGUGAAAGCAAGAUGUUUUAAAAAUAAAAAUGAAAACUAACAUAAAUCAAUUAAAAUACAGUCAAAUGAUAAAGCAUAAAAAUCUGAUAAAUGAAGAUUUGCUCCAUAAAUUCAGCUGUAAAUAUGAUAUAAUUUAGUGCAAAAUUCAAUUACUACUCUAAAACUACUCUAGUUAAAUUAUGACAUAUUUAAUUAUUGUUUGUGAAGUUCCCCCUUUUGCACAAGCUUUUAUUUUGAAAAGCAUCUUUUCAUAUGGAGCUCCAGAAGUCUUUUUUUUUUGCAUUAAUAUAUUUUAUCCUGUUCAGACAGAUUAAUAGGAAUAAAACCUUGAUGUUGAUGAAAUGUUUAGAUAUUUAAAAAUUUAAUAAAAGUUUAAUUCUUAUUAUUAACGACGUAAUAAAUCCUUCAUGGCUGCAGAAAAACUAAACCAAGCUGCUCCAAAGUUCAGCUGUACAAAAGUGAGAAAAGGGAUUUCAGAAGAUAAUUUUAGGAAAAAAUAAAUUUAUUUACUUCUCAUGUGUUUUUAUUUCCAAGUUUUUACUUUGUCGCAAUCUUUUAUUUUGAAAGGGACUUGCCUCUGUAUGGAGCUCCUGAAGUGCUUUUAUUUUUUAAUCCACUCAAACUAAAAAUAAUCUCUCACUUCAGAGGCUCCAUGUUGAUAUUAUUAUUGAAAAUAAAACUUUGUGUGGAAACGCAGAGACCAAGAAAUGUAAACUGUACUGUAAAACUUUCUGAGCAUUUGUCAGAAAUCCAGAGCUGAGCUUCGGUUUCAGGUUAAAGCAGAGCCGACGUUCUUCCUGCAGGGAACCGUCAGGAAGGUCGUGAUGCGUUCAGGGCUCGCAAAAUGAAAAAUCUUCCCACAGAAAUCCUUCUAAUCAUGCUGUGGUCCGAAGAGCCGACAGAAACGUUUUUAUCAAAGUGCCAAAUUUUUUAUCCAGAAACAAAACGAUGAUAUUUUUGAUACAGCGCUCUGCUUUACUUUGUUCUGGAAGCUUCCUGUUUAUUACUGGUAAACAUGUUGUCCUUCAGCUCUUCUUGCUCUGUGUUUUUAUUAGAGACCAAAACUCUGCUGCCCUCUGCUGGUCGCAACCAGACAGUGCAGCUUAAGAACGUGUGGUUUUUAAAAAUCAUAUUUAAGUGAAAUUUGUGGAAGUUUUUUUUUUUUUACUUUCUAAGCUUUAGAUCUGUGUGAAGCUCUUAGCCUCACACUCCUCAUGUUCUGCUGUUUGUAUUUUGAUUGAAUGCACUUGGAAAUGUGACGCUGUGAUGGCACUUGUUUUUCAGAAGCAGUCUGGCAGCUCAGCAGGAGUUAAAUAUUAACUGUGAAACAAAAGAAAAAUGUGGAGUUUAAAUUAAAUUCAUGUGAAUCUGAAAAGAUUUCCUAUAAAAAGAGAUUUCAGAGGUGUUCUUGGAUAUUUGACCACUUGGUGGCGCUGUGACGUUAGAUUUAAUUUCCUGUCUCCUGCCUGUUGUCAGACUGUUUAUUAUCAAGCUAUUAAACCACAUUAAAGACAA